GGAAGUUAAGGUUGAGUAGGAUCCACCGCAGGUCACGUCGCAGUUACCCACAUUUGGGGCGAUGGCGCCGGCACAGCGCUGCACUCUGUGCCGUCAGACCUUCUUCUGUGGUCGCGGCCACGUCUACAGCCGCAAGCACCAGCGGCAGCUGAAGGCGGCUUUGGAUCGGCUGCUACCCCAGGUGGAGGCCGCUCGCAGGGCCAUCCGCACAGCUCAUGUGGAGCGUUACGUGCCCGAGCACGAUCGGUGCUGCUGGUGCCUGUGUUGCAGCUGUGAGGUGCGGAAGCACCUAAGUCACGGAAACCUGACAGUGCUGCACGGGGGGCUGCUGGAGCACCUGGCCAGCCCAGAGCACAAGAAAGCAACCAACCGAUUCUGGUGGGAGAACAAGGCUGAGGUUCAUAUGAAAGAGAAGUUUCUCAUCUCCCCUCAAGAUUAUGCACAAUUCAAGAAAUCCAUGGUGAAAGGUUUGGAUUCUUAUGGGAAAGAAGAUGAAGUGAUCAAAGAGAUGGCAGCUCAGAUCCGUGAGGUGGAGCACAGACAGCAGGAGGUGGUUCGAUCCGUCUUAGAGCCUCAGGCAGUGCCAGACCCAGAAGAGGGCUCUUCGGCACGAAGCUGGAAAGGGACUAACAGCCAAGUAGCACCUACCUCACAGAGACCCUCAUACUUGGACCUGCCACCAGCCCAAGAGCUUGACUGGAUGGACACAGGACAACCUCUGACAUUCAUUGGCCACCAGGACAUACCAGGAGUUGGCAACAUCCACUCAGGAGUCACACCUCCCUGGGUGGUCCAAGAUGAGGAAUUUAGCUCUGGGAAUCAACAAAUAGGACCCUCUAUGAAGAAUUUCUCAAAGGAAAAGGAAAAACAGAAAUUGAAGAAACUGCCCCCAGACAGAGUCGGGGCCAACUUUGAUCAUAGCUCCAACACCACUGCAGGGUGGCUGCCCUCUUUUGGCCGGGUCUAUAAUGGACGCCGCUGGCAUCAGGUAUGGGACCUGUGCCUGGACCCCCACAUACCACCCCUUUAGAAAAUCUCUCACUUUUGUCCUGUUAACCCUUCAUUUCCUUUCAGGCAUCAAUUCAAAGUUGAAGAUGUAGCAAGGAACAAACAGCAGUCGCACAAAGAAAAAAACUAAUGGUUUCCUGGUAGUUUUGCAACAACCAGUCAGCAAACCCACACCUGCUAUUAUUCCUUGUAACUGCUUCUCUUAGGAAACACACACAUCCACUACUGGUUCAAUAAAGUUUUAUUUUUCAAAAGGUA